CAACACCGUGUAAUAAUCAAUUCCGUCGACCGUUCCAGACAGAAAAACCUCCGUCGACCGUCUGCUAACGGUACCUAUGGCUUGGAAAAAAUUCGGCGCAAUCAACAGAGGCGGAAGAACCAACAAACAGACGGCGUUAAUGACAAUCCACUUUGAGAGAGCCCAACGGCGGCCGUGUCACGCUACGUCCCUUUUCAUCUUUUUAACGGCAUUUGACAACGACACGCUUCUCUCUUCUUCGUUACCUGAAAGCAAUCUCCCUGAACCACCACUGUAUUAUUAUAAAGUAGUUUUACUUUUUAUUAUUUAAUUAUAAUCCGAUACCUUCGUAGUUGGAAAGCAACGGCUUGUUCCUUCUGUGACCCCGUAUAACCUAAAAAAGCUGUUGCAUUGCCUCUGAUAUCAUCAUUACACUCGCGUGUGUAUACGUAUACGUAUACGUAUAACAUACAUACAUGUGUUUUCUGUGAAUAUGGUGAUCUCAACUGCAAACGCGUGAAUGCAACUUCUAGCAAGGUAUGAAUGGAAUAUGCCGAUUGUCGAUUGUUGGAAACGCCGUCGAAGGAUCCGAUCAAAAUUUCUUGAUCGGAUUCGUUUUAUUUAUUUAUUCUUUCCCUUUCGAUUUCGUGUUUUUAUGUUGUUGCGUGAUUAGGCGAGUUCUGUCAUCGUCGGACUUGUGCGUGGAUCCUUGAUCGAUUUUGUCUUCAUCAGCAGCUAUCAGCUUUCGCCGAAGCUUUGAAAGAUCAACGAGAUUUGGCAUUGCUAAUAUGUUCAAAGAUUUUUGAAUAUUUCCCUCUUUGUUGAUUCAGGUAUAAUCAAGAUUGAUAUUGCACGCAUUUGCCUACAAUGCCAGGAGAGACAAUCUCAUCUCUGGAAAAUGAGAGAAGCUUCGAUAUUGAGACCUCUGAGGAUGAUAAACGGAGAGCUCGGGGGAGAUCUCUGCGGCAAAAGGCAAUGAAUGCGCCCACAAGACUCACUCAUAGUCUUAAGAAGCAUAGCAAGCGCACUGCUGAUUGUAGAUAUGCAACAAUUUCAAUUGAAAAUGUAAGAGAUGCAGAAGAGGAAAAAGGAGUGAAUGCUUUUCGCCAGGCAUUGAUAUCGAAGGAUCUCCUCCCAGCUCACCAUGAUGAUUACCACACUAUGUUAAGAUUUCUUAAGGCAAGGAAGUUUGACCUUGAUAAGACAGUCCAGAUGUGGGCAGAAAUGCUUAACUGGAGAAAAGAGAAUGGAGUAGAUUCUAUCUCACAGGAUUUCAUUUAUGAAGAAUAUGAAGAAGUUCAACGCUAUUAUCCUCAUGGUUACCAUGGCGUAGACAAAGGAGGUCGACCUGUUUAUAUUGAAAGACUAGGCAAAAUUGAACCGAGCAAGUUGAUGAGUGUCACCACAGUGGACAGGUUUUUAAAAUAUCACAUUCAAGGGUUUGAAAAGGUUUUUGCUGAAAGGUUCCCAGCCUGUUCUAUUGCUGCCAAGAGGCACAUAGAUUCUACUAUUACCAUAUUGGAUGUGCAUGGGUUGAAUUUAAUGAGCUUUGGCAAGUUUGCACAUGAUCUCGUCAUGCGCAUUCAGAAGAUAGAUGGUGACAACUAUCCUGAGACAUUAUAUCAGAUGCUAAUUGUUAAUGCUGGCAGUGGAUUCAAACUUCUGUGGAACACAGUCAAAGGCUUUCUUGAUCCAAAGACCAUGGCAAAAAUACUGGUUUUGGGCAGCAAAUUCCACCAAAAACUGCUGGAAUUUAUUGACUCAAGCCAACUGCCUGAUUUUCUUGGUGGAACUUGCUCGUGCACAAAUGAAGGCGGGUGCCUCAGAUCUGACAAAGGACCAUGGAAGGAUCAAGAGAUAAUGAAACUGGUGCACUCUGCAGAUGCAAUUUAUAUGAGGAAAGUGAAAAGCUUGUCCGAUAUUGAUGACCUAGAAAUCAAAUUUUAUCCCUCAAAGUUUUCGAGUGGUGAAAUAACUUGUGCUGAUUCAGGACCGGAUGUGAGGAAGUAUUCUUCAGGCUUCUUGCAGUUAAAGCCAGCUCGUAACAAAGGAAUCAUGAAUGAUCCUAUGUCUCUUAGCAGCCUGGUUGAAUCUGUUGAUUCCUUAAGAGUUGAGGAUACAAGUUUGACUAAUAAUUUAAUCAGUGAAGUUACCCAUGGAAGACUACCGACAUUCAUUUCUCGUGCAAUAUUUUCAUUUAUUCACUUCAUACUGAAAUUGGCGGCAUAUGUAUAUAUACUACUCCCAUCGGUGCGAAGAUUUUUCAUAGUACUACUUGCAGAUCGAUGUUCAGAGAAUCAGUUGAACACCCCGUUGCUUGAUUCGAGUUCUCAAAAACAUGUAUCACAAGUGGUAGAAGAGGACUCACUCCAUCCAUGUUGGCAGAGGCUGCAAAACUUAGAAGCCAUGGUAACAGAAUUGGUUAACAAGCCUACAAAAAUUCCUCCAGAGAAAGAGGACAUGCUUCGUGAAUCAUUGAGUCGCAUCAAAUCUAUAGAACAAGACUUACAGAAGACAAAGAAACUACUGGAACUGGUUUUGAGUUUUGCAGGCUCUUCUUGCAACUACUUCAAAACAAAUUGAGCUUGCCCAGUCAUUGGAAAAUUUGAAAGAGAGUGGAUUAAUUCAGGGGACAAACUCCUGUUGGCCAAGAUAUUGCAGAUCUUUCGCCCAGGGAAGAUGACCCCAAUCGAUUUGUAUCACGAGGUUGCUUAAGUUGCUGUUCGACAUUGCCUAUCGACUCCUAAUUGGAUGUUGCUGCUGGAUGCACAUUGCUUGGCAUAUUUGAGGUAGGUUGACACUGAGGUGGCUCAUUCAUUCGUUACACAGGUGAAAGUUAGACCAUUCUCUCCCUCUCCCGUCUGUGAGACUGACAUGUUUUCAUUCCUUAUUUGUCUCCUUGGGUUUCUCCUAUAGGGAUUGACGUUAAUUCUCUACCCAGCAAAGAAAAAGAAGUUUGUAUUUACCAGGGUAUGAAACUUGAUCUAUAGCACUAGGGCAGGGAAUAGAAAGCAGUGGCUUACAAUUUUUUAUCAUGUAAAUAACGUUACCUUUCUUCGCUGUUUUUUGCUUACGAACUUGAUGUCCCUUGUAUUCAAUAUGAAUUGACCCAUCCAUCGGAAAGCAGUACAUGUGUGUACUUCUGC